AUGGCGCUUCCCAAACGCUCUGUGCUAAUCGUGGGCGCGGGCCCCGCCGGUUUAGUUGCUGCAAAGACAUUCAAACAGGCUGGGUACGCCGUGUCCGUCUACGAGGCAGCCGAGCGAGUGGGUGGCAUGUGGAGAGAUGAGCAGGGAGGGCCUGGCGAUAAAUGCAGCCCUGAUAUGCGAACCAACCUUAGCAGAUUCACCGUGGCGUUUCCGGAUCUACCAUGGAAAUCUGUGAAUCCAAUUCUACAAUCCAACGCGAACUCACAGGCUGACCCGCCCUUGUUCCCAAAAGCAUGGCAGGUCGGGCAAUAUCUUGAAACGUAUGCAAAGACGUUCGGCAUCGUUGACAACAUCAUUCUUCAGAGGCGUGUUGUCGAUACCCAUCUGCAGGAUGACGGUACCUGGAAGGUGACUAGCAACGAUGGAUCCGGGGAUUCCAGCACAGACACGUUCGACCGCCUCAUAGUUGCCAGUGGCUUCUUUCGCAAGCCUUCCCAUACCUUUGAUCCUUCGCCUUCAAAAGACCUUGCAAACAUCCAGCACUCUUCUCGUUUCCGGGAUGUUGGCGAGCUGAGUAGUCUGCCUGGCAAGAUCGUCGUCAUUGGAGGGGGCAUUAGCGGCUCAGAAGCCGCAUCGCAAGCUGCUUUUCAAAUCUCAAACGCAAAGUAUUCGCCUGGUAAAGAAAAGCCCGCCUAUGCUGCAAGCAAGGUAUACCAUGUCAUCAACCGACCCUUUUACUGCAUGCAACGAUACCUACCACAAGACCCCCAAGACAAAGACGGCAAGUUCAAUCCAGCACCAAGCUUCCUUCCUAUUGAUCUCGUGCUGUUCAAUCUCUCACGUCGCGGUGAUGGAGAGAUAACAGCAGCCAUCGACACUGUGCCCCCUGAGAAGGCCAGAAAAGGGCAUGAGUUCUUAAGAGCGAGCUUAGGAGGCGAUCAAAGCGAAUUCGGUUACCCGGAGCUUGUAUACGAAACUGAGCGGAUGCAACACCCUGGAUAUACUGGCAUUACUGAUACAUAUAUGGAGUUUGUAAGAGAUGGGUCUAUUGUGCCAGUGCGAGGGUGGGUGGAAAAUGUUACGCAGCAGCCAGACAGCGAUCUUCUAGCUAUCAAACUCAAGCAGUACGAGCCGUGGUAUUAUACUUCUGAGAAGGAAGCCACCGGCACCAGUACAAUUGAUGAUGUCGUUGGUAUUAUCGAAGCCACUGGCUACAAAACUGAACUCGACUGGCUCGACCCCCGUGUCAAGCAACUCCUUAACGACGAAACCACUACCCCCAAUGCACGCAUACCCCUUCUUCUGUCCCGGGGCUCGAUCUUCGCCAGCAAAGUCCCCACGCUCGGCUUUGUUGGAUUCUACGAAGGGCCCUACUGGGGAGUCAUGGAGACACAAGCUCGUUUUCUCGCCGAAACCUGGGCCAAGAUUGAAGAAGCACCGACGCAUCCCGACCUUUUGAGCCGCGACGUCUACAAGCUCGAUGUCACGAGGAGCAUGCGCGAAGCAAUCAACGCCAAGUCCCUGCAGGUGCCGCAAUUCUGGAUGUCCGACUACGUGGGUCUAAUUGAGGAGUUUGCACGCGAAGCCCGUCUCUCGCGCGACGACUCGCUCUUUGGCGGACAAACGGGGCCGACCUUUCCUUCGCGCUACCAGGGCAAAGAUACCGGUGCUGCAGCCAAAGACGUCGUCCAAGAAGUCGCCGACCUCGUCAAAGCAUCCAACCAAGACGCGCGCUUCAUCGCCGCAGCCGUCUUCACAGGCAUGCAGGGCAUCUGGCAUCUGGAGCGCAAAAUCCAAUCUCUGACCACCACGCCUGGCGGCACCUUCACGGGGACCGCGCACUUCGAUGCGCGUGAGCCCGCCGAUCCCUCGCUGUACACGGCUGAGUAUCUGUACAGCGAGCACGGGACCUUCACCAUGGACACGGGCCGCGCGUUCCCGGCGUCCCGCCGCUACGUAUACCGGUACAGUGAGGCGCGCGACCAAAUCACCGCCUGGUUCGUCGACACCGACGACAACGAGUCCGUCGGCUCCCUGUUCAACACGUGGCAGUUCCACGCCCCGCACGCCAAAGACCAGGGUUGGAUUGCAAACGGUCACCACUGGUGCGACCCGGAUACCUACACGAAUACGUGUGAGUUUAGGUUCCGCGGCGCCAGACUCGACCGCUUCAUGAUUAGAUACGAGGUCCAGGGGCCCCGCAAGGAUUACCAGCACGAGAGCUGGUAUGAGCGGCCGAAGACGCGGGAUGCAGAGAGAGAUGCAGCGUGA